AUGGCCGGCUGGAAGGGUUUCCUUCCAGCCGGCAAGGUCCUUCCAGUUGCUAUUUUUGCUGUCGCAACACCCUGCGCCCGCUCAAGCAAGACACAGCAGGUAGAACAUCUUACUACUCAAUUGAAAGCACCACCCCAGUUCACAGUCUUACUCGGACCUCCCAGUUCAGGAAAAACAGCAUUAGCUCGGCACGUUGCAACUCAAAAUCGACUCAAUAACACUCCCGAGUUCCAUCCACUGAUAAUCGAUCUCCGUGAAGUUGAUACUUCAGAAAAGGGCAGUUUUCUGAAUGCGUUUAUCGACGAUGGACUUAUAAGGACGGCGGUGCGCAACACAUUCUGGGGGUUUAUGUCGAACGUGGCCGAGGUGGCAGCACUUGGCGUCUCAGCAAACCUUCGCGACAGCCACCCUUCCCCACAAAAGGCAGCAACAGUUUUCAGAGAACUUGGGAGCCGUCUCAAGCCAUUCUCACUGUCUCACCACGGGGAAAGACCCCCGGUGUUGAUCAUUGACGAAGCCAAUGCCUUCAAACAGAUAGAUGACAAGGCGACAGGCGCAUUUCUCUCUUUUGCCGUCCGAAUAACCAAGCAAGAAUCAAAAAUGCACGUCAUCUUUACCUCGUCCGACUCGUUCUUUGAGAACUGGCUCAAAAAACGUAUCAAUCCUACUCAUUUUAAUACGCUAGUCGUGGGUGACCUGCCCCGCGAGGAGGCGUACAAAUAUCUCCUUCACCUUGUCGAAACCCAUCCAUAUCUCUCAAGUCAAAACAAAAAUCGUUUGAAAUCCGUCAAUUUCGACGUUCCUUUUAGGAUAACCGGGGGAAGAAUGUUUUUUAUCAAGCAAUACGUCGAACAAGUACAUAUGUCUGGCUAUUUUGAAGAUCCUAUGGACUUCGAACCCACGCUAACUUCCUGCGCCACCUUGGAAGACGAUUUUCGUGGAAAAGCCAAAACGUACAAGAAAAAGAAGCUCUGA